AUGCCUGUAUCGCACCCCGGAAGCGCCACUCCUCAGCAGCAGCAGUGUGGUCCCAUAAAUACAGGCACCGGCUCCUUCGAGGCCGCCAGACGAAAGCGUGAGCGCGACAGGGAAUGUCAAAGGAGGAAGCGCGAGCGCGAUCGGCGGUAUACCAAGUGCCUGGAGGAGCGAAUCCGGGAACUCGAGGGCCAGCUUGGGACGAGCCCGCGCCCGCAAAAGACGGCUGGCCCGGGGCAAGCCACCGCAGAAGAAUGUGUUAUAGAUGGCGCCUGGAGUGUGCCGACGCCGUCGUCACAAGGGCGCCCGGAUUUGACAGCGCGCCCUGCGGCGGCGGAGGAGCGGCGUGACAGCCGCUACCGGUCACAGUCUCUGGGCUCCUCGGUGCAACAGCUGUCGAGCCCGGCCGAAAACAGCGACCACGCCUCGUCCGACUCCGUCGUCGUGUCCUUGCGGGUCCUGGAGGCUUGCCUCUCCGCGCCGCAGUGGGCUCGGCUGCCACUGCACGGCUUGUCGCUCAUGUCCGAUCCCAGACACUGCAUUCGGGGCAGCGGGCUGGCGCCCUUCAUCACAAGCACGCGAGCCGAUGCUGGCCUGGAGAGCCUCUGCCCGCCCACCCCAAAGGUAAUCGACAUCCUGUACGCCGGGUCCAAAAAUCCCCUGGCCAAUCUGAUUGUCGCCGGGUGCUCCAGAGAGCCUCUCCUGGCACCGGAGAGGCUGGCGAUUAGCUGGACGCUUUAUCAGUACUGCAGGUGGCUCAUAUGGCCGUCGAAGGAAUCAUUCGAAAAUUUGCCCGAGCACAUGCAUCCAACGGCGAUGCAGCUGACGGUAGAGCACCAAUGGUGCAUCGACCUCGUGGCGUGGCCUGAGCUGCGCGAGAGCAUGAUACGGAACCAGUCCUGGCUGGACGUUGACGCCGCCAUAGGCCUGUUCCUGUGUUCUCUGCGCAUGCGCGGGUCUUUUAACACGCACUUUAUAUGCCGGCAGAAUGAAGGCGAUCUCGAGAUUAACCCGGAGUUUUACAACCGGUUUACAGAUCCGGCUAACUGGGGCCUGCUGGAGAACUUUUGGACAGUAUAUCCGGGCCUCGUGGAAGGGUUAGAUCCGGGCUUAAAGAUUAGGGAGAAGGACUUGCUAGCGUCCUUGUAA